AUUAGUUAGAACACUCAGAGGUUUCCUUGAGGUGUCUUUCCUACGUCCGGCAAAUCGCAAACAAAUACGCACUCGCACUAGAGCAUUAUCUGGAUCUAAACAUGUACCCCGGAAUGAGCGACAGUCCUCUAUCGAGCCCCUCCAUCGGUGUCUGAUGGCCAUGUGAUCUAGUUGCGUCCAACGUUGAGACGACUUCGGGGGGUCGCCAAGUCAAAAGUUAGUGUUUCCUAGAAAUAGGCGGUUACCUGAGCAUAGUCGCAACAGACGGUUGUCAUAACCUGUUCUCUGAACAGCGAUACCAUAACAUCCACCUAGAUGUCUUUCAUUUUCACUGAGUCUACCUACUUGAACAUUGAAGUCACCAGCCAUUAUUACUUUAUCAGAGCGCCUAACUUUUUGGAGGAGGUCCGAAAGCUUUCUGUAAAACUUAUCUUUAACCUCGUUUGAACUGCAGUCAGUGGGGGGAUAGGUAGAUACGACGAAGAGGCAACGACGAGUGUCCCUAUCCUUCCGAAUCCUUGCUCUCCCGUUUAGUCGGACGGCGUACAGGCGACUAUCUACAGGGAUCCAGUCUAGGAGAACUAGUUCUGCCCUGUGACUCAAUGCUAUACCUACACCAGCGGGACCCCUGGAAGCAGCAUCAGGGCUUCCAGAUACACGAAGGGUAAAUGGAGUUGCUUUAUCUUGACAUGGUUAGGUCAAGUGAAUGAUGCUACUCGUAUCCUGUAUGCGCGUUUCCGAGACGCAGCAUACAUCGAUGGUUCAAGAUUCUAAAGUCCUAGUUGAUGAAGCCUGUUGCCCUAUUUGACACCAUGUCCGUACAUUAAAAGCUCCAACCUGUAGUCUAGAACGGGGUUUCAAGAGACCAGGAAUGACGUUUCGUGAACUCGCAUCGUUUGAAUUAGCGGUGCAGUGUGAUAAAGGAGUAUGAGAAGAGUUAGUUGUGGAGAUAAGAGAGACAUUAGGGGGUGUAGUAAGGAUUUGAUUUUGACCACUUUGAUCUCGUGGGCGGUUGACACUUCCCGGCUGCUCAUACCGUGGAAGGGUGUUUUUCGAGGAACCUGAAAAGGAGGGUAGAUUAGAGUUGGUCUUAUAGACCUGGGAGCGUGACCACAGAGUGCAAGAGAUAACUGCUUGAGGCCGGUCACGCACUCAUUUUUAUGAAAGGUUUUUUGAGUAUUAACUCCGCUCUUUUUAAAGCCCUUACCGCUGGAGACGGAAAUCCAAAUACACGUAACUAAUUUACCAAAUACACGCUUGUGUAGUCGAAUUUCCGCCACAAUUCUUGUAUUGGCUAGUGGUACUAUUGGACUGUCUUAAUCAAACUAGACAAAAAGGGUAUGAAUUUGCAGCUUGCUGGUGGCAAACCGAGUUCUUAAAUCAUUAACCCACCACCAGUUUUUCAAGGAAUCCAAACAUAGAAGAUCCUUAGUUUAAUCUAUCAAAUGAGCAAUCUUUUUGACAUUUACGCUUAUGGAAUAUAGCUUAUCAAAUUGCUGGCUAGUACUAGUUCUCACAGAUACGAAACGGCUGUUGAAUCAAAUUCACGCAAGUUAAAACUGAUGACAGUGCUUAAAAUUAGGACUGAUUUGGUACUAUUAUCUACCUGUAUGUCGUAGUUAUAAACUUAUCAUUGUUCAUAGGAUACGGGUUCUAUUAUUUUUUUCUAAAAAUUUAUUUUCGUUUAUAGGAGAUGCACAUCAUUUAGUCGCACCUGAUACAACAGGGAAUGGAGCACUUCGAAGUAUGCUAAACGCAUUCAAAGACUCAAAACUUGGAAGUUUAAAUCAAGUUGGACACAUAAAUUGUCAUGCAACAUCUACUCCUGUAUGUGAUUUAACAGAUCUGAGUGCUAUUGCACAAAUGUUCGGUGAAUAUUUUACUUCUCAAGACAAUACACCUAUUGUAAUCAAUUCAAUUAAAGGUCACCUUGGCCAUUGUUUGGCUGCAGCUGGUGCCAUAGAAAACGUGUAUGCUGCUUUAUCUGUUAACCAGAAUCGAAUUUGUGGAAAUCUCAAUUUACACAAUCCUAUCUCGGUUUAUGAGUUGAUGGAGGUUUUAAAAUCUAAUUCCAAAUCUUCCUCCAAUGCUUCCUUCACUGAAAAAUGCAUAGAUCUGUUUAAAAACCAUGUUGUACUUCCUAGACACGAUGAAGUACAGAUUGCAUGGCCAAAUAGUAAUCCACAUAUUGUUAUGAUCAAUUCAUUUGGAUUCGGUGGAACAAAUGGAACUCUUCUAAUUUCAGAAUGGACAGAUUAGCACAUGUAUUUUAUUUUAUUGUAUAGAUUUUAUCCAAUCAUUUAUUAUUAACGAUCAAGUUGUUUUAGUGCAAAUAGUGCUAAGUGUUAGUUUAUUUACUUAUCAGAUAAAUCUGAAAUGAAGGAUAUCAUCAAGAUACAGCCUCUAAAUUUUCUUAAACUGGUUUACUUGGGUGUACGAAGAAAUUUAAUUAUUAUUUUAUGCAAUUAAUCUCAGUCAGAUUAAUAUUUGAUGAACCAACUAAUUCAAUUCUACUUGUUCCUUACCAGAUGGAUAUAACUUGAUUGAUCAUUCAUUUUACUUUGAUAAUUCCUCAUUUGAUUAUGCGAUUGUUUCUUCGUUAUAUGCAUCAUUUUUGAUCCCAUUCAAGAAUUAUUCAUCUUGUUGUAUAAAUAUGGUCAUAGACCAAAUGAAUUAUGUUCUACUUCAUACUAUAUUUCAUAUUCCCAAGUUUUGUUUUCUAUACAUAGUUUAUAAGUCCUAAAUAUAUAUUUUUUAACAUA